CUAAUGAGUCUACUCUCUCAACCAAUCAGAAUAACCAAGUAUCACCUUGUGACCAAUCAAGCAGCGGAGUUGUGACUCACCAAAUAAGGAGAGUCACAACCAUAAAAGGAAACGUUGUAUCUCUUUAUAUGGAGGAAAGUAGUGCCCAAGUGUACUGAGCCUCCGCGGCACGACAGUUGUAAUAAGCGCGUGAAAUCUUCGUUUAUGAUCACUGCUUCGGGUUUUGCGUGAUUUGGAAUCAUCUGACUCAUUUUAGCAUUUUGGUGAAGUUUUCUAAAAAAGCAGGUGGCCAAACGAGGCCGUUCGCUGCCUGAGAACCUGGGACUAGAUUGUACGGCGGAAGCGUACGAUAGCGAGCUGCGCACUUUCCUUUUGGAGAAAGUGCAGCGAGUUUUGGAAACAGAGGCGGCUGUGCUCGAGUGCGCCGGGGAUAGUGCGGCUUUUUUGGCCGGGUAGUGGGGCUAAUGGAGCAGCAUCACUUCUAAAACUUGGCUCCCAACUUCAGCGGGCAGGGCUUUUUAUCUUUUCUUUUCUUUUUGAAAUUCCCGCUGGUAAAAGCUUGAUCGUAGCUUUCGAUCCCCUCCUUUGCUCUGCGACCGCAGAAGCGCAAGGUAUUAUGUUGCCGAGCCAGGUUGGGUCGGCACCAGCUGGGAACGGUUCUGGAUCGGCCAGAGGUAGCGCUGCACUGCACGGGGUGGUAGGGCACGGAGUGAGCACCGGCCUGACCAGAUCUACCUUAGUUGGGGUCAGUGGCAGCGGGACAGGGAUGUUGGGGGGCAGCGGGGCAUCUGGGGUCUCUCGUGGGGGCACUCGGCCCGGUAACGGCGCUGGACUGACAGUUCUGCCGGGAACAGUUGGUGGUCACGGCGCGGAUCGAGAGAGCUCUGCGCCCGUGUACAGUGGUUCCGACGCUGAUUCGGACUCUGGGGACGACGACGAGCCAAUGAUGCCAGGAGACGCCAGGAAAGGAAUGAAGCGGGAGAGGGAGGACUUGGAGGCCGGACUCGGGGGGCAAGAAUCCGGGCUACCAGCUGGAAAUUACGGCGGGGUGUCCGGGGGAGUGGCGGGGGCCAAGCCGGGCAAGAAGACCCGAGGACGAGUCAAAAUUAAAAUGGAGUUUAUCGACAACAAGCUGAGGCGGUAUACGACUUUCAGCAAGAGGAAGACCGGCAUCAUGAAAAAGGCAUAUGAGCUUUCAACACUGACAGGAACUCAGGUCCUACUACUGGUGGCCAGUGAGACAGGCCACGUUUACACAUUUGCCACACGUAAACUGCAGCCUAUGAUCACCAGUGAAACAGGCAAGGCACUGAUCCAGACUUGCCUAAAUUCUCCUGACUCGCCACCUCGCUCUGAUCCCACCACUGACCAGCGCAUGAGUGCCACAGGCUUUGAAGAGACGGAUCUCACGUAUCAGGUGUCUGAGACUGACAGCUGUGGCGAGACCAAGGAAACACUAAAGCCUGCCUUUACAGUAGCCAGCCUUCCAGGCACCAGCACCUCAAAUCCCACCGCUCCAACCACUUCAACCACUAUGCAGGUGAGCAGUGGACCUUCCUUCCCCAUCACCAACUACCUGGCUCCCGUCUCUGCCAGCAGCACCAACAGUAUUACCAGUGCCAAUGGGACAGUGCUGAAGGCGGCAGGCACCGCUAGUAGCAUCAUGCAGAUCCCAAGCAGCUUUACCUUCAUGUCAGGCACUUCUCUCCCACCCGGGACCCCAACCUUUCCUAUUGGCCAGUUACAGCCGCACUCAAUUGCCAUCCAAGGUCAGCAAGGUCAGACGAUCACAGCCACUGCCGCACAGGGGCAGCCAGGGCAGCAGACUGUGUUCCGGUUUCCAGCUGCUGUCUCCUUAGCAGGGGGAGCAAUGGCUCCACAGCUGCAAACAAUCCAGGUCCAUCCAUCAACACAACACAGCUCCACCUCCAGCGAGAGCGGGCCAGAAAUCUCUCAGGCAUCCACCUGCUCUACAGUUACCCUGCCUGCAACAAUUGUGACAUCUUCGGUGCCAACAUCUGUGGCAGGUCAUAUGAUGUACCCAAGCCCUCAUGCAGUGAUGUAUGCCUCCACGCCCACACUGGCCGAUGGCAGCCUGGCUGUGCUCAAUGCAUUCUCACAAACCCCCUCUGGUAUUCAGGUAUCCCAUGGUCAAGUUCAAGAGCAAGGAGGAGUUCCACAAGUCUUUCUUACUGCACCACCUGGGACAGUACAGAUUCCUGUGCAACUACAUCCAAUGGUCAUUGGACAGCAGUCCACCAGUGGUGGCAGUAAUCUGACAGAGUUACAGGUAGUAAACUUGGAAGCCACACACAACUCCAAGAGUGAGUGACCAUCCAGCUUCACCUCGUUACCAACUAAGGAACUCCAAAAGAGCAGCCAUUCAUUUUUAGAGACUGUUAAGAAUUAUUUAUUUUAUUCUUUUUUUAUUUUAAGGAAAAGUACUGAAAAAAGACAGAUUGUCUACAGAUCCUUGAAACUUUUUUUUUUUUGUAAACGUUACUGCGAUGUGCGUACACUGCAGAUUCUGUGGCUUUUCACUUCAGCCAAAGAGAAUGUUAUUUUAUUUUUUCUUUGUGCGUGUGAUAGGGGAAUGGUGCAGAGUUGUACAGAUUGCACUGCCUUCCCAUUUUUUUAUCUUGAAAAAUGCCUCUUCAAGCCUGUUUGUGUAAUAAUGUGUGGCUGUUU